CAUUCGCGUCCCGCCGGGGAUUUGCCGGGAAGGGCGGGGGCGAACAGGGAGAGACUGGUGGGGUGGGAGGGUUUGUGCAGGACCGUGGGAGGCUGAGACCCCGGGCUCUAGAAGAUUGUGCCCACCAUCUGUCCGAAGCCUGGGCUUUCCCCCUCUAGGUCGCUUUUCUCAAGCUCAAGUGGGGGACAAAGGGACUCCCGAGGACAGGGUGGAGUCUCUCAAAGUCCAGCUCUCAUCCUGGGGUCCUCAGGACCACUCCAGUUCCAGGAUGCGUGUGAGGAAGAAGGGAGUGAGAGCAAAAGACAGUGGGGCUUCCCUGGAAAUUUUGGGUUGAUCAAUGUCUGUUUGGAGCCUGUGUGGAGAAGGCACGGGAAACAGGACAGUUUGUGGAAAAACCAUUUUAACUCUCCCUCUAUUGGGCAUAUGGACAAAGAAGACAGGAUUCAGUAGUUUUGAAAGGAAGUUGAGGUAGGGAGCAGGGCUGAAGUACGCGGGCGAGUAUGGGGAGCAGGAAGGGCUAGGGAGAAGAGCAAGGUUCUAGCGGCUGCCUGUUGAGGGAGGAAGAGGUGGGGGGGAAAAGAGGAGGGGGAGGAGAGAGAUGACAUGGGGAGAGCAGAAGGGGGGUUGGACGUGGGAGGAGGAGGAGAGGACUCGAGGGACCGUCUGUCGCGGGACAGGCUGGCCAGCUGGGGCGCGGAGCCGGGAGGAGGAGGCAGCGGCAGCAGCAGUGCUCCGAGGAGCAGCAGCAGCAGCGGCGGCGGCAGAAACAAGUACCAGCCACACAGCGGCUCCUCUCGCCUGAGCAGCCACAGUCCCCCUGCCGAGAUGGCGCUGCAAAGCCUGGCGAGCAAGGAAGCCAAGGGGCCCUGGCGGGAGGCAGACCAAAAACAGCAGGAGUGGGUGGGAAGCGCCGAGCCAGAGCCAGAGCCUGAGCCGGUGCCAGUGCCCCCACCAGAACCGCAGCCGGAGCCACAGCCGGAGCCACAGCCGGAGCCACAGCCGGAGCCACAGCCGGAGCCACAACCCCUACCGGACCCUGCUCCCCUGCCGGAGUUGGAAUUUGAGCCCGAGCCAGUGCAUGAACCCAAGUCCACGCCCGCCGUGGAGACCCGCGGCACCGCUCGAGGCUUCCAGCCCCCCGAAGGUGGCUUCGGCUGGAUGGUGGUCUUCGCUGCCACCUGGUGCAACGGAUCCAUCUUUGGCAUCCAGAACUCUUUUGGGAUCCUCUACUCCAUGCUGCUGCAGGAGGAAAGAGAGAAAAAUCGCCAAGUAGAAUUCCAAGCAGCCUGGGUAGGAGCCCUCUCAAUGGGCAUGAUCUUCUUCUGUUCUCCCAUUGUGAGUAUAUUCACUGAUCGUUUGGGCUGCCGAAUCACAGCAACUGCAGGGGCUGCUGUCGCUUUCAUAGGCCUCCAUACCAGCUCCUUCACCAGCUCAUUAAGCCUGCGUUAUUUCACCUAUGGGAUUCUCUUUGGUUGUGGCUGUUCCUUCGCCUUUCAGCCAUCUCUCGUCAUCCUCGGCCACUACUUCCAACGUCGCCUGGGUUUGGCCAAUGGUGUGGUGUCUGCUGGAAGUAGCAUCUUCUCCAUAUCCUUUCCUCUUCUCAUCAAAACACUGGGGGCUAAGAUCAAGCUCGCCCAAACCUUCCAGGUGCUGAGUACCUUCAUGUUUAUUCUUACCCUGCUUUCACUCACCUACCGGCCACUCCUACCCAGUUCUCAGGACACCCCAAACAAGAGAGGUGUCCACACCCUGUGCCAACGCAUCCUGGCUCAGCUUAGAAAGUACUUCAACAUGCGAGUGUUCCGCCAACGUACCUACCGCAUCUGGGCCUUCGGGAUUGCUGCUGCUGCCCUUGGCUACUUCGUUCCCUAUGUACACCUGAUGAAAUAUGUGGAAGAGGAAUUCUUGGAAAUCAAGCAGACCUGGGUGCUCUUGGUGUGUAUUGGGGCUACCUCAGGCCUUGGGCGUCUUGUGUCGGGCCGUGUCAGUGACUCCAUUCCUGGACUUAAGAAGAUCUACUUGCAGGUCAUCUCCUUCCUGCUCCUGGGCCUGAUGUCCAUGAUGAUUCCCCUGUGCCGGGGCUUUGGGGGCCUCAUCGUUGUCUGCCUCUUCCUGGGCCUGUGUGAUGGCUUCUUCAUCACCAUCAUGGCCCCCAUCGCAUUUGAGCUGGUGGGCCCAAUGCAGGCCUCACAGGCAAUUGGCUACCUCCUUGGCAUGAUGGCCCUGCCGAUGAUUGCUGGGCCCCCCAUUGCAGGCCUCCUCCGCAACUGUUUUGGGGACUACCAUGUGGCCUUCUACUUUGCUGGUGUGCCCCCAAUCAUUGGGGCUAUAAUCCUCUUCUUCGUCCCUCUGAUGCAUCAAAGGAUGUUCAAGAAAGAGCAAAGGGAUUCCAGCAAGGAUAAAAUGUUGGCCCCUGAUGCAGACCCUAAUGGGGAGCUGCUGCCUGGCUCCCCCAUCCCUGAGGAACCAAUCUAAUGUGUUUUCCUUGCCAUUGUGUGCUUCUCCCCAACCCUUUCCCUUCACUCCACCCUGCUCAGCUUUUACAUUUUUGCCAUCAGCACACUUGUUCUCAAACAUGCACACACAGCAGUUCAGACACCUGACCAUCCCCUUGGAGCCAAAGCUCCUGUUAAACUCAUUAACCAAAUUCUCCCUGUUAAUGCCUUUAAAUUUGCCAGGGUCCUUCUCCCAGGAGCUAGAAAAGCUUGGGAUCCCCCUGGCCUUUGGAACAUCUCCAUAUACUUUCUAACACCUGGAGAUGGUACCUCCUGGCCCCAGAUUGCUAGUCACCCACUAAAAGCAACUUCCAAAGGUGCUACUGUGUCCCUCGGAGCCUGGUGGGAAGACCCAAGCCUCUGUGUGCUCAGGAUUUCCUUGUCAUCUGUCCUUGGAAACCAUUGGUAAAGGGGAAGAGAAAGGGCAGAGAGGUAAAAUCAGACAAUGAGCCUUGCUUAAUCUCAGAGCCUCUGAGGGCUGUGGCUUCCCAAGAGCUGUGGGUGACAUCACUUUACAAGUGUACAAAUAGUUUCCCCAUCAUACAGUUGGUUAACAGUCUGCUUCUUUCUUCCCUUCAUUUGUUUCCUUUACUGCUUCUUCUCCCUUCUCUUCCCCCUCUAUUUCUUUUUAUGACUGUCAUAGAUGCAUGGGUGCUUGAAGACAGGAGGGAUCUAGAGCUUGUGCCAAUCAGCCUCACCUUGGCCCAGCCCACCCCUAACAUGUCAUUAAUUCCACUCAUCUCAGGCUGAGAAGCUCAAGCUAUAAUUAUAAACUGGAAGAGUAGAGUAGAAUAUCACAUAGGGAAAGGGAUCUUAAACACCAUAAAGCUCCACUCACUGAUUUUAGAGUUUAGAGUUUAGAGUUUAGAGUUUCCAGGCCAGUGCAGUAACUUGCAGGCACUACCAGCUCCCCAUCCUUAUAUUCAUCUGUCAAAAUGUGAAGAAAUUCCUUUCAUUUCAGCAUGCAGAGGAGGACUGAUGAUGGGGGAGGGCAUGAUUGGGGGAGGGGCAAUAGUUAUUGACCUGGCAAAGGACCAACUCCUCCAUCUCUCAUUAUUCAUGAUAGGUUAAUAUUACCAUCUGGGUCAGGGCAGGAAAGGGACUGUGUUAGGGAAAAUCCCAUUCCCAACCUGGAUGCCCCAAGGGUAGAGGCAGCAGCUGCAUGUAGUGUUGAACAAUUUCUCUUAGGAAGAGGGAAGCCUCCUAGCCUUUAUCACUGAAUGUGUCUCCCAUGCUGGGCAUUCUGAGCCAUUCUGCUUAGCAGGCAUUAAAGGUGCCAGGAAAGGUAGCGUCUGGACCAUCUUAAUCCCUCUGAAAUAGGUGCCAGAUGUUCACCUAUGCCCAGAUUCUGGGCAACACUCUUGCUGAAGAGCAUUCCCAGCCAGGCUGUGUCCAAGCUAGCACAACUCACCCCCUUAGGAGCUCAGUUUCUCUCCUUACUUGGUCUCUUUGUGUCUCUUUCUCCCUAUUCUGGGCAUUUGUCUGUUGUGCUCCUGUUACUCUAAUCUUUCAUCACCUUCUUGUCAGGCAUCCUUGGCCAUUACUAGGAGCUAACAGUGACUUGCCACCCUAAGACAGGGCCAUCCCAGGGACAGAAGGGUGAGGUUGCCUGUGAGGAACUCCAAAGAAAACAGUGGUCCCCACCCAUAACAUUUUCCGCUACAAACAGGCAGCUGUGGCAUGGUGGGCCUAUGAUGGCCUCAUUCAAGUCCAAAGUCCUGUAUGCCCUCCGUUGGUCCUAGUCCAGCUUUUAUCAACCCCCCCAAAGGAAAACCCACUGGCUCUUAGACCUGUGGAUAAGAAGGGGCCUAAUUACUAUCGUGUUGGCUCCAAAAGCAGUGGAACAGGGGGAGCUGGGCCCCAGAAGCCUUGUAACUGACCACUGAAAAUGUUGGAGCAACAAACCCCUGCUCUCAUUCUUCCUGUCCUUCCCCUACCAAGUCACUAAAGGGCAGUUCUGUAGGGCCUCAAGGUGAAGGCCUUGAGGUGAGCAUCUUUUGUUGCUCAAGGUGAAGAUAGCUCUUAAAAAUCAGGUGCCAACUACUUCUCUCCAGAUGAAGGAAAGACAUUCACAGGUUGCAAAUGUGCCCUAUCAGUUGUCACAUGACAUAGUAGGAUAUCAGUUUAUUUCUUCCACAUAUGUGCAUGUACAUGUGUGAGCUUGUGUGCUUUUGGAGAGAAUGCUGGUUGGUGAAAGCAGCUCAGUAUUAAUAUUUCGGGUAGGAUGCAGCCUCUAAUGCACCACAGUUAAAUCUAGGAAAACGAACAAAAUUUGGGAGCUUGAGAUCUGGGACAUUUAAAUCCUCAAAAGUUUUGGAACAAAAUAAACAUAUCUAAAAAUCUA